AUUUUAUAUAGUAGUCCACAGUCAAGUGGCACUAACCUACGCGGACUAAUGAUGCAGGUGUUCCGCGGCAGUAAUUAGGCGUUUUUCUUCUUCGAGAGAUGACUUCGCUAACUGUUUUCUCUACACUAAACAGCACAACGCAUUUGAGCAUUUUGAGCGUUUAAAAGCUCGGUCAACCAAGAUGAACAGCAGCGGACCAACGUAUCCCCUCGCCUCUUUGUAUGUCGGGGACCUGCAUCCGGAUGUUACAGAGGCCAUGUUGUACCAGAAAUUUUCUCCUGCAGGGCCAAUCAUGUCGAUACGUGUGUGUCGUGAUAUUAUCACUCGGAGAUCUUUGGGAUAUGCUUAUAUAAACUUCCAGCAACCAGCUGAUGCGGAGUGUGCUUUGGAUACAAUGAACUACGACGUCAUUAAGGGACGCCCCAUUCGAAUAAUGUGGUCUCAACGUGACCCUGGCCUCAGGAAGUCUGGUGUGGGCAACAUCUUCAUCAAGAACAUGGAUGAUUCUAUUGACAACAAAGCGUUGUAUGAUACCUUCUCAGCCUUUGGGAAUAUUUUGUCCUGCAAGGUCGUUUGUGACGAGAGAGGAUCGAAAGGCUACGGCUUUGUUCACUUUGAAACUCAGGAAGCCGCAAACCGCGCCAUUGAAACCAUGAACGGAAUGCUGCUGAACGACAGAAAAGUUUUUGUUGGCCAUUUCAAGUCCCGCAAGGACCGAGAGGUGGAGUUUGGCACCAAAGCUAUGAAAUUCACCAACGUCUACAUUAAGAACUUUGGUGAGGACUACACCGAUGACAAACUGAAAGAUGUCUUUUCCGCAUUUGGGAGGACUCUUAGUGUGCGUGUGAUGAAGGACGAGAGAGGUCGUUCGCGUGGUUUCGGCUUCGUUAAUUACGCCAACCAUGAGGACGCGCAAAAGGCAGUUGAUGAGAUGAACGGCAAGGAGAUCAAUGGGAAAAUGCUCUAUGUCGGGCGGGCUCAGAAGCGGCUGGAGCGCCAAGGCGAGCUUAAGCGCCGGUUUGACCAGAUCAAACAGGACCGCAUCCAACGUUACCAGGGUGUCAAUCUGUAUGUGAAGAACUUGGAUGAUAGCAUUGAUGAUGAGAGACUCAGAAAGGAGUUCUCCCCCUACGGCACCAUAACAAGUGCAAAGGUCAUGACCGAUGGCUCCCAAAGCAAAGGCUUUGGCUUUGUCUGCUUUUCUUCACCAGAGGAAGCAACUAAAGCAGUCACGGAGAUGAAUGGAAGAAUUAUUGCCACCAAGCCUCUUUACGUGGCCCUGGCUCAGCGAAGGGAGGAACGGAAAGCCAUUCUUACCAACAAGUACAUGCAGAGAAUGGCCACCUUGAGAAGCAUGACCAGUCCUAUUAUUGACUCCUAUCACCAGACCAGCUACUACAUGACCGUACCGCAGCCUCCUCCCCGCACCUUCUAUGAGCACAACGCCAUCGGCAACAUGAGACCAGUACCUCGCUGGACAGGACAGCCCCCCAGAGUGCAGGGCUCAUACUCGACUCACUACAUUGGCGGCUCUGCUCCUCGCCGGGGGUCCACUCCCAUCGCCACAGUCAGACAGGCUUCCACCCAGGCUCCACGCGUCAUGGCUUCCACACAAAAGACGAGCAACAUCGGAACCCAGACCAUGAGAGGACGAGCUGACAUGUCGGGAGUGUCCAGGAGCGGCCAGUUUAAAUACUCUUCAGCAGUGAGGAACCCUCAGCAGGUCAUCUCCAUGCCUGCAUCCAUGACCAGACUCCAGGUUGUUCCUGCACCUGUGAUGGAGCAACCUGUUCACACUCAAGGCAACGAGCCUCUCACUGCCUCCAUGUUGGCUGCAGCACCACUUGCUGACCAGAAGCAGCUUCUUGGUGAGCGUCUUUACCCUCUCAUUCACGCCCUUCAUCCGACCUUGGCGGGGAAAAUCACCGGAAUGCUGCUGGAGAUCGACAACUCGGAGCUGCUGCACAUGCUGGAGACACCAGAGUGCCUCCACUCCAAGGUGGACGAGGCCAUCGCGGUCUUGCAAGCCCACCAGGCCAAGGCCUGCUCUCCAAAAAAGUGAAGUCCUUUCAGGCGGUGACCACCCUGGAGGAGGAAUAACAUUUAGGAAAAAAAAGAAAAAAAAAAGAAAAGGACUAUUGUAUGUGGAUGUAAUUGACAAAAGAAAUUUGGAGAUGAAUGUUAUGUUACUGUUUGUAAGCUUUUGUUAUAAAGUUCACAAUAGGCAUUAAACCUGUA